AUGUCCGUUUGGUGUAGUCUAAAAGCUAUCCCGGAGGAGUUAAGACUGGAUACUACCUUGAAGUGCGGUCAGUCUUUUCGGUGGAAAUUAUCGGGAGAAAACGAAUGGUCUUGUGCUUUCAAGGGGAAAUUGAUUACCCUAAGACAAACAGCGACAGGUGUAGAAUAUCGAACAUACUUUCACUCCGAUUUUCAAACAUCUUCUCAAGACAAAAUAACCGUUGAGAAACAACGUCAACGAGAGAUCGACCAAGAGUAUAAAGAAAUUCACGAAUUCCUCGUGGACUACUUUCAAUUGCACGUCAAUUUACGAGAACGAUAUGACCAGUGGAGCUUGAUGGAUAAACAUUUUGCAAGAAUAGCAAAUCAAUUUCCGGGCAUUCGAAUAUUAAGGCAAGAUCCAGUGGAAAACGUGAUUUGUUUCAUUUGCUCGACAAACAACAAUAUCGCGAGAAUAUCGCAAAUGAUCGAAAAACUAUGCAGAAAAUACGGUCAGAAGGUGUAUACUUUAGACGGACAAGAAUACUUUGAUUUUCCAACGCUCGACAAGCUCGUGUCACCAAAAGUUGAAGAAGAACUUCAACAACUCGGAUUCGGAUAUCGCGCAAGGUACAUUGCGCAAACGGCAAGAAUAUUGAAGGAAAAAUACCCGGACGGGGAACAAUGGUUACAUUCAUUACGGAAAUUGGAAUAUAAAGACGCUCGUGCGGCCUUAUUGCAACUGACGGGCGUUGGACCUAAAGUUGCAGACUGUGUGUGUUUAAUGUCAUUGGACAAAAAUGACGCCAUACCGGUGGACACACACGUUUGGCAAAUUGCUAAACGAGAAUAUGGAUUUGGAGGCAAGGGAGAAACACGUAAUAUGAAAACCUUAACAAGUCGCUUGUACGAAGCCGUCGGAGAUCACUUUCGAAAAUUGUUUGGUGAUUAUAGCGGAUGGGCGCACUCGGUACUAUUUACAGCCGAUCUUAAGGCAUUUGAGGAUAGGCAGAACAACUUGGGAAAGCUUAAACCGACAACUUUGACAAGCGAAUUGACGAUUAAUAACAAAAGAAGACGCCUCUGA